AUGAAGCUUCUAUCUAAGCUAAGAAGCUCCAGUAAAGGGGGCAGCAGCAAGAAGCAGCAGCAGCAGCAGCACAAGCAUCAGCAGCAGCAGCAGCAGCAGAAGGGCCCCCGUCAGUCCCAUCAACAGAAGCAGCAGCAGCAGCAGCAACAACAACAACAAAAGCAACAACAACAGACUUCUAAGAAGCACAAACAGCAGAACAAACAGCAGCACAAACAGCAACAGCAGCAACAGCAGCAACAGCAGCAGCAGCAGCAGCAGGAGAAGAAUAGACCUUAUUAUACUCCUGUGUCUGUCCCUGUUGGGUACAGCAGCAGCAGAUUAAUAAUAAAAAAUUUACCUCCUUUUAUAACAGAAGCAGCAUUAAGGGAGCAUAUAUCCUCUAUAUUCAACAGCAGCAGCAGCAGCAAGUGCAGCAGCAGCAGCAGCAGCAGCAGCAGCAGCAGCAAGUGGAGCAGCAGCAGCAGCAGCAGCAGCAGCAAGGGGAGCAGCAUAACUGAUUGUAUAAUAAAAAAAAAUAAGGAUGGUAAGAGUAGAGGUAUUGCAUUUAUAGGGGUAGAGACAGAAGCUGCUGCUGCUGCGCUGCUGCAGCUGCUGCAGGGGACCUACGUAUACACCAGAAAAAUAGAUGUUAAUUAUGCAUUACCUCGUUCUUAUACUGCAGCAGCAGCAGCAGCAGCAGAUAGUACUGCUGCUACUACAGGAAAUAUAAAAGGAGGACAAACUGCUGCUGCUGCUGCUGCAGCAACUGCAGCAGCAACAAAGGAAGCAGCUGCAGCAGCAGCAGCAGCAGCAGCAGGCAAAUGGAGACACCAGGUAGUCCCUACUAAGGCAGGUGUACGCUCAGAGAGGCAGCACACACUAUUUGAUGAGGAAGAGGAGGAAGCAGCAGCAGCAGCAGCAGCAGCAGCAGCAGGAGCAGGAGCAGCAGGAGGAGGAAAAGGAGGAGGAGGAGGAGCAGCAGCAAAUGCAGCAAAAGAAGAGGAAGCAGCAGCAACAACAGCAGCAUUAUCAUCAUUGCUGCAAGAGGAGAGUGUUGAUGAUUUACAAUGGUUUCAGCAGCAGCAGCAGCAGCAGCAGCAACAGCAGCAGCAGCAGCAGCAGCAAGAAGAAGAGAGACAAUUAAUAGAGGAGCAUGCAAGAAUAUUAAUAACUAAUCUUCCUUAUAGCUGCAGCGAGGAGGACGUGCGGUGUCUGUGUGCUGCUGCUGCUGCAGCAGGAGCAGCAGGAUCAGCAGCAGGACAAGCAGCAGCAGCAGCAGCAGCAGCAGCAACAGGAGGAGAGACACAAGAAAUACUACUAAUGAGGGACAAAGAGAGCAGCAAACCAUUAGGUAGGGCCCUUGUCUCCUUUGUCUUUCCUGCUGCUGCUGCUGCUGCACUUGCGCAGCUAAAUGGUAUGGUGUAUAGGGGUCGUAUCCUUGCUGCAGCAGCAGCAAGACCUAGACCGCAGCAGCAGCAGACAGCAGCAGCAGCAGCAGCUGCAGCAGCGGCAGCAGGAAAAAGUAGUUAUAAGAAACAACAACAUCAAAAAAGACAGCAGCAAAUACAGCAGCAGCAGCAGCAGCAGCAGCAGCAGCAAAAGUGUUGGAAUUUAUUGUAUUUGCUGCCUUCUGCUGCAGCAGAUGCAGCAGGAGAGGAUUUAUCAAUAUCUAAGAAGGAUAUGUUGCUGCAGGUACAGCAGCAGCAGCAGCAGCAUAAGCAUACAGGAGCAACACCAGCAGCAGCAGCAGCACUAGCAGAGACACACGUACUGCAGCAAACAAAAGAAUGGAUAGAAAGGGAGGGAUUAAUUGCUGCUGCUUUUUUGCGUAGAGGAGUGUCUCUUUUUGCAGCAAAAAUAGAUGAAAAUGCAGCAGCAGAAGCAACUGCAGCAGCAACUGCAACAGCAGCAGCAGCAGCAGCAGCAGCAGCAGCAGCAGGAGACACACUAAUAAUUAAACAUCUACCUGCUGCUCGUGUUAGGGAGGAGGAGCUACUGUCUCUUUUUAUUAAGUAUGGAGAAAUAAUUCGUUUUUGUUUGUCUCCUCUUAAGACAAUAUUAAUUAUACAAUUUGCUGCUGCUGCUGCAGCAGCAGCAGCAGCAAAAGCAUUACAUUAUAGAUUAUAUAAAAAUGUCCCUCUUCUUAUUGAGGUGUCUCCUGUACCUGUAUUCAAGGAACAAAUACUAUCUAUUCAGGAUGCGCAGCAGGAAGCUGCUGCUGCUGUUGCUGCUGCUGCUGUACUCGAUAAUACAGAUACAGCAGCAGCAGAUCCUGCUGCUGCUCCUGCUGCUGCUGCUCCUGCUGCUGCUGAUCCAGCAGCAGCAACAACAGCAAAAAAACGGCAGGAAAUCAAUAAAACAGCAGCAAUAACAUCAGCAACAACAGCAGCACGUGCAGCAGCAGCAGCAGCAGGAGGAGAAGAAGAUGAUGAGGAUGGAGCAGCAGCAGCAGCAGCAGCAGCAGCAGCAGCAGAACCAUUUGUGUCCUUAUAUAUAAAGAAUUUAAAUUUUAAGACAACAGCAGCAGCACUAAGAGAAGCAUUUUGUCAUACUGAUGGAUUUAUUAGUGCAAAAAUUAUAACAAAAAAAAUGCAGCAGCAGCAGCAGCAGCAGCAACAGCAGCAGCAGCAGGUGUUAUCUAUGGGUCAUGGAUUUGUAGAAUAUAAAACAGCAGCAGCAGCAGCAGCAGCAGCAAAACAAUUACAAGGAUUAGUUCUUGAUGGUCAUUUGUUGCAGAUAUCUAUAUCUAAGCGACGCAGCAGCAGCAGCAGCAGCAGCAGCAUUAUUCACAGCAGCAGCAGCAGCAGCAGCAGCAGCAGCAGCAAGAGGAGUAAUAAAUUAGUAAUAAAGAAUUUAGGGUUUGAGGUGUCUGUACAGGACCUAAAAGAUUUAUUUGCUGCUUAUGGUGAAUUAAUUAGCGGUUUGGUGGGGGGCCCCCAGCCGUGA